AUCGUAUAAAUGCUGAUGCAUGCGUAAACGCAACAGCGUGAGGGAUUCAAGGAGGAGGAAGCGGAGCCAUCAAUAAAAUUCCACAGUUUUGUGUUCACCAUAAAUAUACAUCAAAAGCGGCGAAGUGACAAAAUCUAAAUUCUUAACAUUCGUAAUACUUUUUGGGGAGAUGGCUGGAGUUAUUUGGAGCAGUAUCUGCAAGUUUGUGCUCCUGAUACAUCUUUUUUUCUUCUCCUACAUUUCUAAGACCUCUUCAGUGAGUCUCGACCUGACCGAGCUCAGAAAUAAGGUAGCAAAGAUUAAAGUAAAUCCGAGGGGAAAUUUAUGGGCCACAGGGCACUUCAUGGGCAAGAAGAGCGUCAUGGAAGGCUCAUUGCUGGAGUCUCCAGACGAAGAAUCUCUGAACGCAAUUCAAACCGCGCUGAAUUCAGACCAGCAUGUGCAGGAACUGAGGGAGCUGAUCACACAAGAGGUUCUGAAAUUCGCGCUGCAGAAUCAGCUACAGGACACGCGGAGGAGACAAGACAAUUAUCCGGAUACGGGGUUGCUGCUGAAGUUACUGGAAAACUACAUCGGAUACGAAACAAAGUGAUCAAGGCUCUAUAGUACCGAAUGUCCCCUAUGGUUAUAGCCUACUUCGCAGAAAGUUUGCUUUCAAUACAGGAUUAAUUACUCGCGCAAGUAAUCUACAAAGGUUUACAUAUACAUCUUUGUGACAGACCAAAACAUCCUUUUGAAAUAAAGUGUUUGUAACAUUAUCCAUUGAUUUCAAGGUUAACUAGUAUAUUAAUGUUGAGUAAAAUUGUUGUGAUAAGAGACAAAACCUGCUUAUAUAUGUAGGCCUAUGCCGUCCCAAAUUUCUUUUGCAUUAUCAUGUUCAUUUUAAUGCAAUAAAGGAAACGAUUUGCAAAAUGAAAUGU